AUGAUAGUAUAGCUUAACUGCAACGAUCAAUAAAUUAGAUAUCAAAAUUUGUUGUAUUAUAUAUGCCAUUUAUAAGAGAUCCUUUUAUAGUAAUGUUGCAUCAUACCAUCUCUCAAUGCUAAAUUGCUUUUAGGGAUCUCCAAUGUAGUAUACAAUUGUUGGCUAUUCUACAGCAAGGACACUAGUUGUAUUGCAAGUUUCAUUUGUUAUAACAACUUAGAAAGUUCGAAAUACGGAGACAUAAUAACUAACAUUUGCCUACAGUUUUAAAGUGAAACUCUUCCAAUAUUAGUUGUUAUUGCACAAUACUCUCAAUUGAUUAUCUUUGAAGUAAAUGUAUUAUUGAUCCUCAGGUUUUAGGGUUAAGUUAGUACCUGUUUCAAGGAGUUCAUAAGUUAUGUCUGGACAUAUGUUUUAUUUGGUAUGAUUCCAGGUUAGAUUAGCGAUCACUAUCUCUUUUGA